AAACAAAAAAUAUAACACUCAAAUCCCAUAUUCAAUCAAACCGACCAUUAGUUACACCUAUCCGCCAAUUACCGAAUUUCCGUCUUCUAUGAUGAAAAUAACACACGCAGGACAGUCGUAAUAUAUCAUUAUCAUGGAGGAGAGGGGAAAGGGGAAAAAAAGAAGAAGAAUAAUCCUCACCGACGCGGAAAUGGGAAUGGAAAUGGAUCCACUCUCUCUAGAUCUCGAUACACUCCUCCUCCGACUCCAUAAUCGAUCUUCUUAGCUUCUUCUUCUUCUCUGCAUCUCCCCAAUCUCGCCUUCCACUCGUCGGAACUUCUUUCCGUAUCCCAAUUUCAGAUUGCCGUCACCGUCGGUCGGGAUUCCCAUGGCGGUCGCCGUUCGAGGUGGCCGAGGAGGAGGUGGACUUGGAUCCGGCGGUGUCAAUGCCGGCCUCCGAAGCUUCUUCUCCUACCGGGUCUUCCUGUCCGCCAUGUUCACCCUUCUCUUCGUCGCCACGCUCUCCGCCAUACUCACCACUCAUCCGUCCGCUUCUUCUCAGCUCCCCUCUCAGUCAUUUCAUAGCGGGGAUGCGUAUAUGCACCGAACAUUUUUGGCAAUCAAGUCGGAUCCCCUGAAAACCAGAUUGGAUUUGAUAUACAAGCAAGCCACUGAUCACAUGACCCUGGUGAAUGCUUACGCGGCCUACGCCAGGAAGCUGAAGCUCGACAUUUCGAAGCAGCUGAAGAUGUUCGACGAUUUGGCCAAGAAUUUCUCGGAUCUGACCACGAAGCCCGGUUACUCGUUCCAAGGGCAGGAUGCGGUGGACGAGGAGGUGCUGAGGCAGUUCGAGAAGGAGGUGAAGGAGAAGGUGAAAGUCGCGCGAUCGAUGAUAGUGGAGUCGAAGGAGAGCUAUGACAAUCAGAUAAAGAUUCAGAAGCUGAAAGACACGAUUUUUGCAGUGAAUGAGCAGCUGGGCAAGGCCAAGAAGAAUGGUGGUAUAGCUAGCAGCAUUUCUGCCAAAUCGAUACCCAAGAGCUUGCAUUGCUUGGCUAUGAGGCUUGUGGAGGAGAGGAUUGCACAUCCGGAGAACUACACGGAGCAGGAGCCCAGCCCUGCAAUCGAGGACCCGAGUUUGUAUCACUACGCUUUGUUCUCGGAUAAUGUGAUUGCUGUUUCUGUGGUGGUGAGGUCGGUGGUGAUGAAUGCAGAGGAACCGUGGAAGCACGUUUUCCAUGUGGUUACGGAUAGGAUGAAUCUUGCAGCUAUGAAGGUCUGGUUUAGGAUGAGGCCCGUGGAAGGAGGUGCUCAUGUGGAGAUAAAAGCUGUGGAAGAUUUUCCUUUCUUGACUUCUUCGUACGUCCCUGUUCUGAAGCAACUUGAAAGCUCUUAUAUGCAGAAUUAUUACUACAAGAAUCAAGGUGAGAAUGGUAGUAGUGGUGAUGCAACUAACAUCAAGUUCAGGAACCCAAAGUACAUGUCUAUGUUGAAUCAUCUCCGCUUCUAUUUGCCGGAGCUGUAUCCCAAGCUGCACAAGGUGUUGUUUCUGGAUGAUGAUGUUGUUGUCCAGAAAGACUUGACUGGGUUAUGGAAGAUCGAUUUGGAUGGACGGGUGAAUGGAGCUGUUGAGACUUGCUUUGGUUCGUUUCAUCGUUAUUCACACUACUUGAACUUUUCACAUCCACUGAUUAGGGACAACUUCAAUUCCAAGGCUUGCGCUUGGGCGUUUGGAAUGAACAUAUUUGAUCUGGAUGCUUGGCGACGUGAGAAAUGCACAGACACUUAUCACCACUGGCAGAACUUGAAUGAGAAUCACAGUCUAUGGAAGUUGGGCACUCUCCCACCUGGUUUGAUCACAUUUUACUCGAAGACCAAGUCGUUGGACAAAUCGUGGCACGUCCUCGGGCUUGGCUACAACCCUGGAAUCAGCAUGGAUGAGAUCAGGAAUGCUGCGGUGAUUCACUACAAUGGGAACAUGAAGCCGUGGCUGGACAUUGCCAUGAACCAGUACAAGCAUCUGUGGACCAAGUAUAUUGACGGUGAUAUGGAGUUUGUGCAGAUGUGCAAUUUUGGCCUUUAGAUGACGAAAACCAAAUAGUCCCCUCUCCCUUUCUCUACAUCUUCCUCUCUCCCCCACUCUUUCCAGGUCAGAUACGCUGCGUUUAAGCUGGUAGGUGUCCAUACUGAAUUUGCCAUAGUGAAGAUUUUGGAUUCAGUCAUUGGUUCGGUUCGGGCACUGAUUUGGUUCAGCCAAAAAUUGGUUAUGUACUAUAUCCAAAAAAGAAAAGAAACAGUUGUGUACACGGUUGGACAAUAGAUUCUUUUAUUGAAAAUUUCUUUGUUCUGCC